GGGCUGGGGACAUGCAAAGAGAAGUGGGGCAGCAGCAGGAGCACAGAUGAGCUCAUUUGAUUUACCUGGUUUCUCCUGGGCAGUGAAUCACUGAACAGGCUUCAAUCAGCAGAGAGAGCAGCUCACAGGCACCCACCAAUGGCUCUCCAUGGAGAGUUACCAUCUCCGGGAGGGAGGGGCCAGGCACUACUGGAGGCUGUCACUGCUGGCCAUGUGGUUCAGCCCUGAAAAUUAAAAACAAGGUGAUAAAAAAGGCUGCAGGAGGCUGUAUCCAUCAGCUCACCUAGAAAAGCUACCAACUGCCCUGGAAGACAAGAAGUGGGUGAGAGACAGACCUGUGAGAUUUGUGUGCCAGUGGGGAAGCCCCAGCACAGGGUGUUCCCCCCAUCACAGCAGCUCUCUUCCAUCCUCAUCCUCCUGCUGACUGGAAGCUGAGCUGCAUCCCCUGCCCUGUGGCAGCAGAAGGAGGGACAGAGGGAGACAGGCCCUUCUGGGCAGCCCAGGGAUUUCCAGGAGGAGCACCCCUGACCAAAAGAACACCAUGGACCGAUUCCGGAUGAUCUUCCAGUACUUCCAGUCCAACUCGGAGUCUGUAAUGAACGGGAUCUGUGGGCUCUUGGCCCUGGCAAGUGUAAAGAUGUACACCAGCUUGGACUUCAGCUGCCCCUGCCUGCCCCAGUACAACAUGGCAUAUGGCUUGGGGAUCAUGUUCGUGCCCCCCAUCAUCCUUUUCCUGUGUGGGCUCAUCCUCAACAGGCAGUCCCUGGUGAUGCUGGAGGAGUGGAGGCGGCCGCCGGGGCGCAGGAGGAAGGACCUGGCUGUCAUCAGGUACAUGUGCUCCUCCAUCAUGCAGCGAGCCAUGGUUGCCCCUGUCGUCUGGAUCGUCGUCACCCUCCUGGAUGGCAAAUGCCUCAUCUGUGCUUUCAGUGGCUCCAUGGAUCCCCAGAAGUUUGUGGGCUUUGCCAAUGUGAGCACAGAGCAGGUGCAGCAGCUGCUGGCCAAGGUGCCCUGCAAGGAUGACGAGCUCGUGAGGAACAACACGUCCCGCAGGGCGGUGUCCAGGUACCUGCGCUGCUGCUCCCAGGCACUUGGCUGGAGCAUUUUGUUGGUCCUGAUCAUAGCAGCUUUCCUUGCCCGCUGGCUCAGACCUUGCUUCGACCAGGCCACCCUCCUGCAGGCACGUCACUGGAGCAACUACAUUGACAUCGAGCAAAAGAUAUUUGAGGAAACCUGCUGUGAGCACAGCCGGCUCUUUGCUCACAAAUGCAUCCUCCACUUCUUUGAAAGCAUGAGGCAAGAGAUCAAACUGCACAGCUUCAGCUUGUCUAGGGAGAGAGAAGGGGCUGAAGGAGGGGAAGGUCUUCUCCAGGGUAUCACAGAUCAGGACCAGGUGAACAAACUUCUGAAAACAUGGUACUAUGAGAAACCUCCCCUGGAUGUCAGCCAGGCACACCAGAGGCAUCCCCUGGUGCGGGAGAGAUCCCCUCUGCCCUGGGCAGACAAGGCCAGCACCCACUCCAGAUUCCCCCAGCACUCCAAUGUGUAAAGGGGGCUUUGUCCUGCAGGCACAGAAGGAGCAUUGCCAAACCUCUGCACAAAGCAAGGACCACCAGGCAGAUGACAGUGGUGCUCACACCUUCCUCCAAAUCUGCAGCCUCAAAGGCUCUACUCCAGGGCAUGCCUAGCAAAACCUCCAAAGUCAGCUAGUUCUGAGGGUCCAGGGUCCCAGAUGCAGUCACUGUUAAGGACAUUUCUCAGCCAAGGGCACCUGGGGCACUUCUGUCAUAUCAAAGAGUUUGCAGCUUCUUACAUCUGUGAUAAAAGUGUUCUGGCUUGAGGAAGGAUUUAACCAUGGCAGCAGCAUCUGGCUGCAUACACAAACCAUACACACACAGAGGUGUGAACAGCUCCUGCCCCUUCCAGUGAAACCUGGUUCAAAGGGUUAUCAGAGCUGACACAGAAAUUAUUUAAUUGGCAACUCUCUUAGUACCACACCAACAUAGUUACUCAAAAAGGCAAAACCACCUCCUAUGUCUUCCUAUCUGCUGAGAGCUCUGGCAGCCCCAACCCAGCUGCCAAACUGUUCUGCCUUCCUCUCACAACCCAUCAAUACUUCCAUGCAUUUUAAAAAUUAAAUAUGGCAACACACUGAAAUU